AUGCGCCCGGAAUCACUAACCGAUCAAUUAUUCAAUCAUCACCCACAGAGCGGCGCCGGUGCAGUGGCGCCGUCAUCGAAUCGCCCGCAGCUGGCCUCCCGUGCGUGUGAAUUUUUCACGGCAUCGAUCUCACUUGAAACGGGGGCAGAAGCUCCCUUACCAAUCUCGAAAGCCACUACUAAAGACAACGUCCCUUGCGUCCCGCUUCUGGUUUGUUCGCGUAAGCAGAGCGAGGCGAGUAAAAGUGCGAAUGGGGCGAUCACUUCAGCGGCGCUGUAUCGGGCUCGUUGCAGCGGCUCGGAAGCGACAAUGGACACGAGGGGUAGGGCGUGCGCGCGCGCGUCUCCGACAUCAUUAAACGCAUCCAGAGAGCGCGGCGCAGCGGCGUUUGUCGUUGUGCGACAGCUGAGAACGGAGCCCAAGGCGGCCGUGACUGAAGAGGAGCCGCCGCCCCACGCCCGCCUCACGCAGCCGCCCAGGAACUACACGGGGGCCAUGGAUGACGACAUAUGCACGGUUACUAUUCCAGGCGUUGCCGGACUAAUACGACGCCGCCCCGCACCCUUCACGACGAUUCCCGGAAUUGCAAACGCGAAUUCAACUGGUGUUGACAUACAAUGGCGGUGGCUUGUGUGUGAGCUGCCCGGGGCAGAUGCGCCAGGCGAAAGUGUCAGUUUUGAGCGCCGCGCGGCGCCCCGUGGAACGCGUUCUGCCAUCUGA